UGUUAGCGUCGGCAACUCUAUAAAUGACGAUGACCCUCUGAAUUCUUUCCCUUUGCUACGGGACUUUUGAAGGAGACGCCUGAAGGAGCAUAACGCCUCGGAAGGUUUGAACCUGGUGAGAAGUCUGCCUUGCAAAACUUGCUAAAGAAGCACUUGCUGAAAUACGCACUUGCUGAAGAAGCCGAAAACCUGCGAAAGACGGUUCCUGGACACGAGAAGCACCAGCAGAGUGACCAGCCGGAAGGAGACGCCUGAAGGAGCAUAACGCCUCGGAAGGUUUGAACCUGGUGAGAAGUCUGCCUUGCAAAACUUGCUAAAGAAGCACUUGCUGAAAUACGCACUUGCUGAAGAAGCCGAAAACCUGCGAAAGACGGUUCCUGGACACGAGAAGCACCAGCAGGGUGACCAGCUGGAAGCCCAUAUCAUGGCGCUUCCAGCAGAUGGAUCCCCAAUGUUGGAGGGACAUCCAGACAGAGGUAAGGAACACGGUAAGGUGUGGUUAAAUGAAGCCGGCAUGGUUUCUGAAGACCAUGGAGAGGAGUUGAGGUAUAGUACACCUCCGCAGUCUUUGGACUGUUCUACCAGCUCGAGUGGUAGCUCUACUACCAGCUCGAGUGGUAGCUCUACUACCAGCUCAAGUGGUAGCUCUACUACCAGCUCGAGUGGUAGCUCUACAACCAGCUCUAGUGAAGACAAGGUAGGUAAUGCCUGUACUACCAGCUCGAGUGGUAGCUCUACAACCAGUUCCAGUGGUAGCUCUACUACCAGCUCCAGUGAAGAUGAGGUAGGUAAUGACUGUGCUACCAGAUCCAAUAAAGAUGAGGUUGAUAAUGAAGACCAGGAUGACUUUAAAUCCCGACUUCGGGUUGUCCAGGUCAUUCGACCAAACAUUAAAUUCCUGUGGGGCAUAGGAGUGCUUGAGCAGUCAUUGAAACAUCUGAAUUGGACGGUUGAUCAGCUGGGCUUCACUGACAGUAGUCUGACAAUGGACCGUGCCGAUGCUGUGUCACAGCCGCUGGAGAUUCUUCCCCCACAUUUCAAAUACAUCAAAGUCAUCAGGGUGGCUCAGACGCCUCAAGGAGACACGGCUCCCUGUACUUCACUUGAAUUCACAUCUGGACUUGACAAACAGGAAGAGCCAAUUUUGUGUCCAGAGAAGUCCAGACCUAUCGGUACCUUGCAACAUCAUCAGAUAGGUUUGAAAGAGAACACGGCUUCUUUGACAUCUGGCCGACCCCGGAGAACAAUGAAGAAGGUGGAUGCGAGGGAGGAUGUCCAACCAUCAAAGCUUAGUUUUGGUACCGUGCUUCCUUCUAGCUUUAUAUUCACAUGUGGACUUGACAAACAGGAAGAGCCAAUUUUGCAUCCAAAGAAGUCCAGACCUAUCGGUACUUUGCAACAUCAUCAGGUAGGUUUGAAAGAGGACGCGGCUCAAGUGACAUCUGUGACUGGCAUAAACGGAAAGAAGACAAAGUACAGUGUUGCUAAAAAGAAGCCCCCAGCCAAGAGGAUAAGGGACACUGUUGCUAAAGAGGAGCUCCCCACCAAGAGGACCAGGGAUACUGAUGAUGCUAAACAGGAGCCCUCUGCCAAGACAAUCAGGGAGAACCAAGCUGAAAAGGAGCUCCCUUCCAAGAGGACCAGGGACACUGUUACUAAAGAGGAACUUGCUGCCAAGAGAACUAAGGUUACUCUUGCUGAAAAGGAGCUCACCUCCAAGAGGACCAGGUACACUGUUGCUAAAGAGGAGCUUGCCAUCAAGAGGACCAGGGAUACUGAUGAUGCUAAACAGGACCCCUCUGCCAAGACAAUCAGGAAGAACCAAGCUGAAAAGGAGCUCCCUUUCAAGAGGACCAGGGACACUGUUACUAAAGAGGAACUUGCCGCCAAGAGGACUAAGGUUACUCUUGCUGAAAAGGAGCUCACCUCCAAGAGGACCAGGUACACUGUUGCUGAAGAGGAGCUUGCCACCAAGAGGACCAAGCAUGGGAGUUGGAACGAGGUCAUUCAAAGCAUCCUCGGAAUGAUGGUAUGGAGAUCUGGUAAAAAAUGGGGGGACAAGUCCAUUCUGUUACCCCCUGUCCUAACUUUCACACCCUUGACGGAUGAUGAUCCUGAACUGUCAUCCCCUAACGUCAGUCCCUCUAUUGCAAAGCCACGUAAAAGGCCUGCUAAACAGGAGCGCUCUACCAAUAGAAUCAGGGAGAACCAAGCUUAUGACGAGCUCCCUUCCAAGAGGACCAGGAACAUUGUUGCUAAAGAGGAGCCCCCUGCCAAGAGAACUAAGAUCACUCUUCCUGAAAGGGAUGACCUUUUCGCCAAGUUCCGCCCUGUCGAAAAGGACCCCACUAAGAGGACCAGCGACAGUGUUGCUAAAGAGGAGCCCCCUGCCAAGAGGACUAAGAUCAGUCUUCCUGAAAGGGGUGACCUUUUCGCCAAGUUCCGCCCUGGCAAAACGGACCUCGCCAAGAGGACCAGCGACAGUGUUGCUAAAGAGGAGCUUGCCGCCAAGAAGACCAAGCAUAGUGAUGAUGGCAGUUGUGACGAGGUCAUUCAAAGCAUCCUCGGAAGGGUGGCAUGGAGAUGUGCUGAGUCCAUUCAGUCUCUGUCCUUUCCCCACCGAAAGGCAGAAUAUGAAGAUCCCGUAGUGAUACCCCAUGUCUUCAGUCACUCACCCUGGACGUGGUGCGAAGAUUCUGGGCUGUCAUCCCCUAUCCUCAGUCAUUCUUGUGAAAUGCCAUCUGAAGAGUCUGCUAAACAGGAGCCCUCUACCAAUAGGAUCAGGGAGAACCAAACUGAAAAGGAGAUCCCUUUCAAAGGUACUAAGGACACUGUUGCUAAAGAGGAGCUUGCCUCCAAGAGGACUACGGUCACUCUUGCUGAAAAGGAGCUCCCCUCCAAGAGGACCAGGUACACUGUUGCUAAAGAGGAGCUUGCCACCAAGAGGAUCAAGCAUGGAAAUUGGGAUGAGGUAAUUCAAAGCAUCCUUGGAAUGAUGGUUUGGAGAUCUGGUAAAAAAUGGGGGGACAAGUCCAUUCCGUUUCCCCCUGUCCUCACUUUCUCACCCUUGACGGAGGAAGAACCUGGACUGUCAUCCCCUAACGUCAGUCCCUCUAUUGCAAAGCCACGUAAAAUGCCUAGUAAGCAGGAGCCCUCUACCAAGAUGAUCAGGGAGAACCAAGCUUAUGAUGAGCUCCCUUCCAAGAAGACCAGGGACACUAUUGCUAAAGAGGAGCCCCCUGCCAAGAGGACUAGCAUUACUCUUCCUGAAAGGGUUGACCUUUUCACCAAGUUCCGCCCUGUCGAAAAGGACCACACCAAGAGGACCAGCGACAGUGUUGCUAAAGAGGAGCCCCCUGCCAAGAGGACUAACAUUACUCUUCCUGAAAGGGGUGACCUUUUUGCCAAGUUCCGCCCUAUCGAAAAGGACCCGAAGUUCCGCCCUGUCGAAAAGGACCACACCAAGAGGACCAGCGACAGUGUUGCUAAAGAGGAGCCCCCUGCCAAGAGGACUAACAUUACUCUUCCUGAAAGGGGUGACCUUUUUGCCAAGUUCCGCCCUAUCGAAAAGGACCCCGCCAAGAGGACCAGCGACAGUGUUGCUAAAGAGGAGCCCCAUGCCAAGAGGACCAACAUUACUCUUCCUGAAAGGGGUGACCUUUUUGCCAAGUUCCGCCCUGUCGAAAAGGACCCCGCCAAGAGGACCAGCGACAGUGUUACUAAAGAGGAGCCCCCUGCCAAGAGGACUAAGAUUACUCUUCCUGAAAGGGGUGACCUUUUCGCCAUGUUCCGCCCUGUCGAAAAGGACCCCGCCAAGAGGACCAGCGACAGUGGUACCAAAGAGGAGCCCUCUGCCAAGAGGACUAAGAUUACUCUUCCUGAAAGGGGUGACCUUUUCGCCAAGUUCCGCUCUGUCGAAAAGGACCCCACCAAGAGGACCAGCGACAGUGUUGCUAAAGAGGAGCCCCCUGCCAAGAGGACUAAGAUCAGUCUUUCUGAAAGUUGUGACCUUUUCGCCAAGUUCCGCCCUGUCGAAAAGGACCCCGCCAAGAGGACCAGCGGCAGUAUUGCUAAAGAGGAGCUUGCCUCCAAGAGGACGAAGCAUUGUGAUGAUGGCAGUUGUGACGAGGUUAUUCAAAGCGUCCUCAGAAGGUUGGCAUGGAGUUGUGAUAAAGAAUGGGGUGCUGAGUCCAUUCCGUCUCUGUCCUUUCCCCACCGAAAGGCAGAAUAUGAAGAUCCUGUAGUGAUACCCCAUGUCCUCAGUCAGUCUUCCUGGACUUGGUGUGAGGAUCCUGGACUGUCAUCUCCUAUCCUCAGUCCCUCUUAUGAAAUGCCAUCUGAAAUGUCUGCUAACCAGGAGCCUUCUGCCAAGAGGAUCAGGGAGAACCAAGCUGAUGAUGGUCCCUCUUGUAAAAUGUCGCGUAAACGUCCUGUUUUGUCAUUCCCUGUCCUCAGUCCCUCACCAUUGAUGCCCUCUGAAGAUCCCAUUUUGUCACCCCGUGUUUUCAGUCCCUCACCAAGGAUGCCAUUUGAGGAUCCCAUUCUGUCACCCCGUGUUUUCAGUCCUUCACCAAAAACACACUGUAAAAAUUCAACUUUGUCAUCCCCUGGCUUCUGUUUCUGGAUGGAGACUGAAGGGGACAUGGGAGAGGAAGCAAUACCUUCAACAUCUGGUGGAAUUACAGCAAGAGAGAGUUCCAGAGAUGUGUGGUUUAGACCUCGGUACGAGUUGUCAAGUGACUCGGAUUAG